AUGAACGCUUUGAUUUUCAUUGUUUUUUACACUUCAAUUUUGCAUGAAUCCAGUGCAUUGACCGUUGACGAAGCAGUUUCUAUAUCAGUUGAUUCAUCUAAUCCGACUCUUGAUAAAGAGCAAGCAUUUAUUCAGUUCAUUGGAAGUAGAGAACCAGACGAAGCAGCAACUUGUGACCAACUCAUAGAAUCUCGAGGUUUUCAAUACGAAAUUUAUUAUGUGACAACAGAAGAUGGUUAUAUCCUCCAAAAUUUCCGCAUCAUUAAUCCAUAUGCAAGAGAAGCUCGAAAAAAACUUAAACCAAUCUUGUUAUUACAUCCACUAUUUACAACAUGCUCAGCCUGGUUGUUCAAUUCACCCGGUGGACACAUAAAGCCGUGGGUGAAUGGUCAUCCACCAAAAGACACUUCAGCUGCUCUUGGAUUCUUAUUGGCAAACUUGGGUUUCGAUGUUUGGAUGAUUAAUGUUCGAGGAAACUCUUAUUCGACUAAUCACACACAUCUUAAUCCUAAAGACCCUGAAUUUUGGAAUUACACUGUCGAGGAAAUUGCAAUUUACGAUGUUACAGCAACAGUUGAACAAAUUAAAAAGGAAACUGGAUUUGAGACGAUAAUAGUUGUUGGACAUUCACAAGGAACAACCCAAAUGCUUAUUCAACUCUCUUUGAUGCCCGAGUUUGAAAAGAACUACGAUCUCGUCAUUUUAGCUGCGCCAAUUGGAUUCCUUGGUGACAGAACUGGCUUUGCUGGCAUCCUUCCAACAGAAUUGUUGAUAAAGGUUUUAAGUUUGCGCAAUGCUCCUUUUCCGCCACUUUCAGCUAUAACUUAUGGUUCACUUGCUGAGUUUUGUGAGCAGCCAGCUUUCAUUGGCGUUUGCGAGUUAGUCUUCGAAGGAAUACUUGGUUUCGAUUCCCCGCAAUUAAAUAGAUCAAGAGCCGAUGUUUAUUUAAGUUUACUCGAUCGAAGUUCAAACAAAAAUUUGAUCCAGUUGCUGCAAGCUAUCCAAAGAGAUCACUUCAGUCAAUUUGAUUAUGGCGAGGAAAUUAAUUACGAAGUUUAUGGAUCUGCUGAGCCUCCUGUGUAUCCUUUUGAAAACAUUAACGCAAGUAAAUUAGUAUUGAUAAGUUCAUUGAACGAUAAACUUUCAACUCCAAUAAAUGAUCUAAAUCUCAAGAAUUCCUUGUCCAGUAAACCUAGAGGUGAUUAUAUAAUCGCAAAUCCGUAUUUCAAUCAUGGAGAUUUUUUAAUAGCGAUUGAAGCAUAUCCAUAUUUUAGUAAACUUGUGAGCGAAAUAAUCCAGAAUGAAGUUUCAAAUCUGCCUGGAAAUUAAUUUUUCCUGAAUUUCUAUUCUAAGGAACAAAACUUUUGCUAAUAAAGAAGGACGUUUCUGACUUUUUCGUUUUAUGACGCUUUUAUUACAGGUUAUACAAAAUAAAUUCCAGUUAUUCUUUCGCUGCACCGUAAACGUUUGGAUAUAGCAUUGCAAUCAUUUAAAUGACUGGAAAUUUUACUCAAAGUUGAUAUAGCUAUGAUAGUGAAAUCUGU